AUGGCCGAACCCAAUCCCAUGACGGCUCUCCAGGCCGACCUGGCUCGAUUCAGGAAGGCGUCGCUGUAUUCGGCCGUCGAAGACACGGACAGAUUACUCGAAAUGCUCGUGCAGGCUCGGGAACAGGUUGCUGGAGCUACCGACCCCCAUCGCGCGAGCUUGACCAUGACCAAGCUCCAGAACCCGAUAAACGCUCGGUUUGACGCCAUAAAUAAUGAUCUGAAGGAGGUCUCGAAAGGCCAAAAGGUGUUCGGCAAGUCACUAGACAAGGCAAGCUCGAGUCCAGGUCUCGGUGUCCUGCUACCUACGGAGCACGAUGCGAUGGCGACACAUCCAGAACUUAUCAACAGAGCUAUCGCGAUGCACAUGCUCCGUGAAGGCCAGUUCAGCGUCGCUUCGACCUUCCUCCGCGAGACGCACGAGCACCCGCUACCGCGGUCACCCACGUCCAACACGAACGCAGCCCCCGACAUCCAAUCCUUACAGUCUCAAGAACUACAGGAGAAGUUCGCCAACAUGUACAGCAUUCUCAAUGAGCUCAAGAGGCGGAAUCUUGUUCCAGCCAUAAACUGGGCACACCAGAACAGCGCCGAGCUCGAAGCGCGCGGGUCCAAUCUUGAAUUCGAGCUCACAAAGCUUCAAUUUCUUUGGCUGUUCAAAGGCCCAGAAGUAAACGGUCUCCCAGACGACGACAGGAACGGUCGCAAUGGCGCAUUGGCACAUGCCCAAGCCCACUUUGCCCGCUUCCAAGCCCGUCACCGUCCCGAUAUUCAGCGUUUGACAUGCUCCCUACUCUACGCACCCAACCUCGCCUCAUCGCCUUACGCAUCCCUAUUCGCCCCAGCAAACACAAUAUUUGACGAUGUGGCCACUUCUUUCACACGCGAGUUCUGCUCUCUUCUGGGACUCUCAGCCGAGUCGCCCCUCUACCUGGCAGCGACAGCCGGCUCCAUCGCCCUCCCUCAGUUACUCAAGUACACAAACUACGUCAUGGCCAGCCGCACUGAGUGGACGACGGAGAACGAGCUCGCUUUUGAGACGCCUCUCCCCCGGUCCAUGGUCUACCACCCCAUCUUCGUCUGUCCCGUCUCCAAAGAACAGAGCACGGAGCAGAACCCGCCUAUGCUUCUCCCCUGCGGCCACGUCAUCUGUAAGGAAAGCCUCCACCGCCUGGCAAAGGGCUCCCGCUUCAAAUGCCCCUACUGCCCCUCCGAGGGCCACAUCCGCGACGCCCAAUCUCCGGGAUCAUAUGGCUCAUGGACCGAGCCGCUGAACGCAACCUUGCGGGACAUGGCGGACCGUCAGAGCGCGCGGGCCGCGAUGAGGGCGGACCUGGGAUGGUCGCCGCCCCCUCUCGCUGAUAUUCUUGCGAGUUCGUCGCCGCUGGCCAGGAACGCAGACCGUCCGUCAUUGCCUUUUAUUCCGCGCAGCGGUAUACCUUUGCCCGAGCCGCCCGUGUAG